AUGAACACCGGUAUCUCGCCCAAACAGGACGACGCCUCUAACUCCAACUUACUCAACAUAGGCCAAGACCAUUCGCUGCAGUAUCAGGGUCUCGAACACAACGACUCCCAGUACAGAGAUGCUUCUCACCAGACACCUCACCAAUACUUGAACCAGUUUCAAGCCCAGCCUCAACAACAACAACAGCAGCAGCAGCAGCAACAACAGCAACAACAACAAGCGCCUUAUCAAGGUCACUUCCAGCAGUCGCCUCAACAACAACAGCAAAAUGUUUAUUAUCCACUACCUCCACAAUCUUUGACGCAACCUACUUCGCAGUCGCAACAACAACAACAGCAACAACAACAACAACAGUAUGCUAAUUCGAACUCAAAUUCAAACAACAAUGUUAAUGUUAACGCGCUACCUCAGGAUUUCGGUUACAUGCAACAAACCGGAUCGGGCCAAAACUAUCCGACGAUCAAUCAACAACAAUUUUCCGAGUUUUACAACUCCUUUUUAAGUCAUUUAACUCAAAAACAGACAAACCCUUCUGUCACGGGUACAGGCGCGUCUAGUAACAACAACAGUAACAACAACAAUGUUAGUAGCGGCAAUAACAGCACUAGCAGUAAUCCUGCCCAGCUGGCAGCCUCCCAAUUAAACCCUGCCACGGCUGCUGCGGCCGCCGCAAACAAUGCUGCUGGCCCGGCUUCGUACUUGUCUCAGCUCCCACAGGUGCAGAGAUACUACCCGAACAACAUGAACGCUCUGUCUAGUCUUUUGGACCCUUCCUCUGCAGGAAAUGCUGCAGGAAAUGCCAACACCGCUACUCAUCCUGGUUUGUUACCACCCAAUCUGCAACCUCAAUUGACUCACCACCAGCAGCAGAUGCAGCAACAGCUGCAAUUACAACAACAACAGCAGUUGCAGCAACAGCAGCAGCUACAACAGCAACACCAGUUGCAACAACAACAACAACUUCAACAACAACAUCAUCAUCUACAACAGCAACAGCAGCAACAACAGCAUCCAGUGGUGAAGAAAUUAUCUUCCACUCAAAGCAGAAUUGAGAGAAGAAAACAACUGAAAAAGCAAGGCCCAAAGAGACCUUCUUCCGCUUAUUUCCUGUUUUCUAUGUCCAUAAGAAAUGAGUUGCUUCAACAAUUCCCUGAAGCAAAGGUCCCCGAAUUGUCUAAAUUGGCUUCUGCAAGGUGGAAAGAGUUAACGGAUGAUCAAAAAAAACCAUUCUACGAAGAAUUCAGAACCAACUGGGAGAAGUACAGAGUUGUGAGAGAUGCUUACGAAAAGACUUUGCCCCCAAAGAGACCCUCUGGUCCCUUUAUUCAGUUCACCCAGGAGAUUAGACCUACCGUCGUCAAGGAAAAUCCUGAUAAAGGUUUAAUCGAAAUUACCAAGAUAAUCGGUGAAAGAUGGCGCGAGUUAGACCCUGCCAAAAAGGCGGAAUACACUGAAACUUACAAGAAAAGAUUAAAGGAAUGGGAAAGUUGUUAUCCCGACGAAAAUGAUCCAAACGGUAACCCAACCGGUCACUCACAUAAGGCCAUGAACAUGAAUUUGAAUAUGGACACUAAAAUCAUGGAGAACCAAGACAGUAUCGAGCACAUAACCGCAAAUGCCAUCGACUCAGUUACCGGAAGCAACAGUAACAGUACCAACCCAAAUACGCCCGUUUCUCCUCCGAUUUCAUUACAGCAGCAGCCGCUCCAACAACAACAACAACAGCAGCAACAACAACAACACAUGUUAUUGGCUGACCCCACUACAAAUGGUUCGAUCAUAAAAAAUGAAUAA